CUCUCUGCUGGACACCAGGCGCACAGGACCUCUGGCACCAUGAAAGGUGUGAGGGCCAUCACAUCCACUUAUAUACUCUCCCUUUUACUGCUGGCAUCCUUUAUCUCGCAAUCGUGGAGCGCACCCAAGGGCUCUUUCCAACGGAGAAACUGGACCCCGCAGGCUAUGCUGUACCUAAAGGGCACUCAGGGACGAAGGUUCAUCUCAGAGGACCGAAAAGAAGGAGAUGUUUAUGACACAUUACAUUUAGAGACUCGCAGUCAGAAUACGGAGAAGCUGAGCGUGGACCAAGCGGCCACCGUCCUGCUCAAUUUCCUGCAGCAGGCCAGAGAGGGAGCAGAUGAAAACCCCGAUGAGGUGUAUUUCCAGGAGCUGCCUGUGUGGAAGAGAGAAUACUUUUGA